AUGGCAAAAAAAAAAAAUGACAAUGUAACGGCGACGGCGGUGGUUGUACCACCAAACGAGGUGCGGUAUAAAGGUGUGAGAAAGAGGCCAUGGGGGACAUAUGGAACUGAGAUUACUAACCCCAUCAAGAAGGUACGAGUCUGGCUUGGUACUUUCAAAACAGAGGAAGAAACUUCAAGGGCUUUUGAUACUGCGAUGACAGAGAGAGGAAAUUGCAUUGUAGUUGUAGAGACAACGACUGUCACCCCAAAUGAGGUUCCAUAUAGGGGUGUGAGGAAGGGUCACUGGGGAAGUACAAAGCUGAAUUUACAAACCAAAAACCUAGAAAAUGGCAUUGUAGCUAUAGUGACAAUAGUUGUAACCCCAACUGAGAUUCGAUAUAGGGGUUUUAGGAAAAUGCCAUGGGCUCAGGCUGCAAAGGUUGCCAAGGCUCUGAAAUCUGGCUUAACCUUCAAGAAGACGGCAAAUAAGAUACGAACAAAAGUCACGUUUCACAGGCCCAGGACAUUGAAGAAGGAUAGAAACCCAAAGUAUCCCUAUAUUAGUGCACCUCCAAGGAACAAGUUGGAUCAUUACCAAAUCCUCAAGUGUCCUGUAACCACUGAAUCAACAAUGAAGAAGAUUGAGGAUAAUAACACCUUGGUUUUCAUUGUUGGUAUCCAUGCUGACAAGAAGAAGAUUAAGGAUACCGUGAAGAAGAUGUAUGAUAUUCAGACCAAGAAAGUGAACACUUUGAUCAAGCCCGAUGGAACCAAAAAGGAUUACGUUCGACUGACUCCAGACUAUGAUGCAUUGGAUGUGGCAAACAAGAUUGGGAUAAUCUAAAGAGAAA